AUGGCUGCACGCACCCACAACCUCUCCGAUUGGGCUCCGACCCAGGAGGCCAUCUACGACGGACCCUCGUCCACGUCCGCCGUCCAAGAUGCUUUUGACGGGCACGCCAACACCAGACCCUCCUUCCAGCAGCAUCGUCUUCGCAGCAUGAGCCUUUCCCUCCCAUGGCGUCGCAAAUCAUCCAUUUUUCACCUUGAUCCCGACCUGUCAAGUCAUCUGGAGGAACUCUCCCUCGAGCGAUCUGGAAGCCACGCCGGCCCUAGCGACGAAAACGCCGUCAAGCUCGGUCACGGCUCCCCCGCGGUGGGUAAUGGCAACGGCAGCAUCAAGGGCAUGAUUCGUAGGGCAUCCAUCUCGUUGAAGGGCAUUGUUCAUCACAAAAGGCAUUCGAUCGGGGGUGCCCAUGGCCUUGAAGAGCCACAUCAUCACGCCCGCCCUGGCACUGCUCAUGCGCACUCCCACUGGCAUCGCCUUCGCCAAGCUACAAGUUUCCGUCACUCCAAGACAUCCCAUGGUCCCGACGCACAGAGCGACGCCUCUGCGUCUGACAACUGUUUCCCCUGCCUACCACUACCCGGAAAUGGAAGCGCGCCGCCCGUCAUCCCUUUUCACACCGGCGCUGCUGCCAAGGCCUCCGCUGCGGCUUCGAACCAGGCGUUCCAGAACAAAUGGCUCCGCGCUUCCUCUGAUGACUUCACUGAUCGCGAAAGCGGCAUCGGCAUCACCGUCACUGGCGUCGAGUCAGAUGUUGACGUGGAGGUGGAAGACGCGAACAUCAGUCGAAUAAACUUCAUCUCGCAGCUUCCUGUCGAGCUCGCGAUCCAGGUUCUCGCUCAUCUAGACGCUACGGCUCUCGGUGCCGCAAGCAUGGUUUCGCGGGAAUGGCACCAGACGGUCAAGAACCAGCACGUCUGGAGAGAGUCAUUCUUGCGUGAGAAGACCGGGACCUACGCCACUAGUCUCCCCGUCCAACCUGGAACCGGACAGGGCGUUCCGCCUAUCACCCCAGACGUGAACUGGAAGCAAAUCUACAAGGCCAAGGAAGAGCUCGACCAGCGAUGGAAAGAGGGCAAGGCCAAGCCCGUAUAUCUGAACGGACACCUGGAUAGUAUCUAUUGCCUGCAAUUUGACGAGACCAAGAUCAUCACUGGAUCUCGUGACAAGACCAUCCGAGUCUGGGAUAUGCGGACAUUCGAGUGCCGGCUGGUUAUUGGUCCGCCCGAAGUCGUCAAUGAUGUCUCUCUGCUUCUAGACGAGGAUGGCCAGCCGGUCCACUAUGCAACUCUCCCCGAUAACCAGCGCGCGAAUCCCUCGAUGCCUGCCAUGGUCUCCUUCCCAACCCAUCACAAGGCUUCCAUUCUUUGUUUGCAAUACGACGGCCGCAUGCUCGUGACCGGAUCGUCCGACUCGACCUGCAUUGUGUACAAUGUCCGGUCAGGCUACAGACCAGUCCGCCGUCUCCAGCAUCACACAGCCGCCGUGCUUGAUCUUGCCUUUGAUGACAAGCACAUCAUCACUUGUAGCAAGGACGUCAGCAUCUGCGUUUGGGACCGUGCGACAGGCACUCUUCUCCGUCAGCUGCGAGGACAUUCUGGGCCGGUCAAUGCUGUCCAGAUGCGCGGCAACACCAUUGUGUCUUGCUCAGGCGACUUCCGCGUUAAGCUGUGGAACAUCGACACUGGCAAAAAUAUAAGGGAGUUUGAGGGUCACACAAAGGGUCUGGCCUGUUCUCAGUUUUCUGAAGAUGGCCGCUAUGUUGCCUCGGCCGGCAACGACAAGGUCAUCCGCAUCUGGGAUGCCAAUACAGGCGAGUGCCUUCGCGAGAUGAAGGCCCACGAUAACCUCGUGCGUAGCCUGCAUAUCGACUCGGUCAGCGGCCGUCUUGUCAGCGGCAGCUACGAUACUGAUAUCAAGGUCUUCGAUAUGGAAACUGGUCGCCAGUUGCUCGACUUCCCACGAUGGCACGCUAGCUGGGUGCUGAGCGCGAAGAGCGACUACCGACGAAUCGUCAGUACAGGACAGGAUCCCAAAAUCCUCAUCAUGGACUUUGGUGCCGACGUUCCUGGCAUCGAGGCAUUAGAGAGCAGCGGCGGCACCUGCGAAAUAGAGGGCGGAUACAUCUAG